CGGGUCUGAGCGACGUAACUGCUAAGUAACUCAAGUUUAUCUUUCCAUUGUCGUCGGUUGCAUAGCAAUUUCAACAGCUGCAUCAACUCAAAGGAGUUUAUUAAUAACUCUUGCCGCCCACACCAGCGCUUUUCAGCAUCUCGACGACCUGCUUUCCGACCAGAUCAGAACAAAUCAAACGCACACACGACUUUCUUCACCAACAUGUGGAUCAUCAACUGGUUCUACGACGUCCUAUCGUCGCUCGGUCUGCUCAACAAGCACGCCAAGCUCCUUUUCCUCGGUCUCGACAAUGCCGGAAAGACAACACUGUUGCACAUGCUGAAGAACGACCGAGUUGCCAUUCUGCAGCCUACCCUCCACCCUACUUCCGAGGAGCUCGCCAUCGGUAACGUGCGAUUCACAACAUUUGACCUGGGCGGUCACCAGCAAGCCCGCCGUCUUUGGAAGGACUACUUCCCUGAGGUCAACGGCAUCGUCUUCCUAGUCGACGCCAAGGACCACGAGCGCUUCCCCGAGGCCAAGGCUGAGCUCGACGCUCUUCUGUCCAUGGAGGAGCUUCAGAAGGUUCCCUUUGUCGUCCUCGGCAACAAGAUCGACCACCCCGAUGCCAUCUCCGAAGAGCAGCUGCGUCACGAGCUCGGUCUGUACCAGACGACAGGUAAGGGCAAGGUGCCCUUGGAGGGUAUCCGCCCCAUUGAGGUUUUCAUGUGCUCGGUCGUCAUGAGACAAGGUAUGCUGAGCCAUUGGAGUCGCGUAAUGAAAGGGAGACAUGCAGCUAACAUGUGCCAGGCUACGGUGAGGGUAUCCGCUGGUUGUCCCAAUACGUCUAAGCACGCCGCUUUCAGUAUAGGAUGCAGUCAGCAUCUGCCGGCAUAUCCAACGGUGUGGCAUGCAAAACCGGUGAAGAAGAAAGCUUCCCACAUGGUGUGUACGAAGGUGACAACGUUGAUGAUCUGCACGCUUGAUCAAGUGGGGAAUGGAGUUUAUUAUGACAUCUUGCUGCUUGCAUGGUUCAUCUGCUUUUUCUAUUACAUCGUCUGCGUUUUCUUACAGGGCUUCUCGGUUCUAUGGGAGUCCCAAGGCAAUAGAGGCAAAUCGCAAAAUUUGAAUUAGCAUCAAGUCCGUGCUGGAUUAUUUUGCUCUCUACCAAGGGAACAACUAUGAAGCUGAUGAAUGUGGAGUGUAGAUUUUUGUGUGGCUGGUAAUUUAUGAGCACCCAGCAUUCAAGGGCAUAAAUUCUAGAUGCUCGAGAUAUGGCUGGCUCACAUAUGUCUCACACUCAAGUUGGUCCGGUGAACACUAUGAUUGGGGAAAUACCGUUGGUACUCCAAAUCACCGAUCAUCAAAUUUGUGUACUAUGUUACCAGAACGCGAUUUGCUCAAAGCGAUCAGCAUCUUUGAUUUGCACACGAACGCAGACGCACACCCGGCAAAGUCUGACAUUAACCUCUCACGUCAAUUAAAAGUAGACCUUAAGGAGCCCCGGGCUAUAGAACGGAGACUUUUGUUGGGGACAUGCGCCAGAUGCUAGAGGCGACAAACAUGUAAAAAGAAAAAGGAAAUCUCCC